GCCUCCAUUUAUCAGGGAAUGUGUACUGGAACCAAUUUGGGAAUGGCACACUCCUUUCCAGUAGUUGGCGGAAAUGCAUCAUAAGCUGGUUCGCUAACCGCCAAGAAAUGUUAAAGAAGAAGAUUCCUGACCGACUGGCCAGUGCCACUGAUAGGCCUUUUUCACAGACUGCGAUGACGCGUUUCCGCCUUAUUUAUCAGCGUAAAUCUCGCAAUUUUUUUAUAUUAUACAUUUUUUAAAAUAUUGAGUGUAAAUUUAUAACAUUAUGCUUAUUGUUAUAUUACCCUGGAAUUAGUUUAAAAAAAAUGAAUUACCACAGCUGCGAGAGGGUUUCUAUGACAGCUGCUGAGUGAGUGACAGUAAAUUUGGCAUCUUCUCCAAUUUUACUGUCUUAAUCCACCGCUUUCUAUUUAUUUAUUUUUUUCUUCUUCUGGGAAGUCAUUCAAACGUAGCAUUGUGUUUUUCUUUUGGUCUUGGAACAAAUGGGUAAGUGAAAAUAAUAUUUACUGUGAUCUCCCAUUCACCUCUGUCGAAGUAUACCCUGCAAUCGUUUACUUCCGCGUUCUAAAUAUCGGAGUGUGAAAAGGGUCUAUUGAGAGACACUUGGAGAGAGACGCACCCGAGGAGGUAAUAAACAGGUAACAACAUGAACACAUUGGAGACCAGAGUUGCUGAGCUGGUGCAAACAUAUCCGCACCUGUACGAUCGUUCGCGUAGAGACUUUAGGGAUUCAGGGAUGAGCUGGAACUCAUGGAAGGAAAUUGCAGUGAAGCUCGGCGUUGAUGACCCGAAAUUAUGCAGAGCAACAUGGAAAAACAUCCGAGACAAAUUUGGUAAAGCAAUGAAAAGGAUGAAGUGCAAGAAUGCAGAUGAGGCGUCGAGCACGAAAGUUCCCAGGCUGUUCUUGGAGAUGUCCUGGCUCAAACCUUACGUUCGGCAUCGACAAACUGUGUCCAGCAUGGCAUCUGAUAAAAAGGUUCAAACUGAUACGCCUUCAAAAGAAAUGGUGGGUGAUGUAUUAUCUUCAUGCACAGCCCCAUCAGCCUGUCCAUCCUCUGGUGCAACCAGUGACAGUGAUACAGAGGAGCAGCGCUCAAGUAUGUUUUUGGAUGGCUUUGGAGAGGUACUGGAGAGAUCAAGCACAGCACGCAAAGCUGCUAGAAGUUACGAAAUUAUGUCAACACUGUCCUCAACCCCUGAACCACCCAACAGAAGGAAAAGGAAAAGGGACAACGCAGACGAAACAGACAUUAAGCAAGUACUCGCUUUCCUGGAGAAGGAUAAAUCUGACAGUUUUGAUAGGCACGCUCAGAUUGUUGCUGAUUUUAUGCGCAAACUGCCACCAAGGCACUGUGCCGUCUUUAAAAAACGUCUACAGGACGUGAUGUUCGACAUUGAGAUGCAGGUGCUGGAAGAACAGGGCAUUAAAACGACACAGUAGUGACUGUUCAUUUUAUGUGUUGUUUCUCAGACUAAAAUGUUCUAUUUUUUCAGCCUUUCUGUACUUUGUCUUUUUAAACAAGCUCCUUGUUGUGACAAUCUGUUGUUGUAAAUAUGUAAAUAAGCUUAUCUGAAGUUAAAUACUCUAAAUAAACAAAUCAUACAAUAACUAAAAAUUAAAGGUGCGCUCAGUAAUUUUUCCCCAUUAAAAAGUUUUACUCCUAAAGAAACUAUUUGUAAUUUUGAAACAAAAUCAUGAGCACUCGCUGGAGAUGAGGACUCUAGUCAUAUCAGUAACCUUAUGAAUGAUGUUUUAUUCUACAUGGGGCAGGGGCACCUUCAUGGAGGCUGCCAUUUUAGAUUCACAUGACCACCUGGGGCCGGUUGCACCAGCUAUAUGUAAGUUACAGCUUAGCCUAGUUGUGGCAUAAAUGGGCACUAAGUCACAAUUUACGCACUGCUAAAUAUUUGAGCGUUGCACAAUUAAACUUAGGUAGAACGUAAACCUACGUAUAAACUAAAUAUUUACGGAAGACUCCAGGAGUAACAGUUGGAAUAAAAAAAAAGCAGACUGAUAUUUUAUGACAUCAAUGAGCUCGUGACAGGCAUCAAUCAUUUCGACAUACAGUCCAAUGUAUGAUAUUUACACUAGUUUACAUUUAUGAGAAAGAGAAUAAAACUUACUUUUAAGCAGCUCUUCAGCAUGAAACCGAUCUAACGGUGCAGUUUUCAGGGAGCAUCACCCAGUGUCAAGUUUCAACACAUUUAAAAUAUAUAUUGGAUAUUAAAAUGAAUAAAUGUCUAUUUUUCCAGCCUGUUGUAUUAGUAUUUAUUUAUCACCCCUCAUUUAUUUUAGAAACACUUAUUAAAUAUUUUUAUUUACUAUAGGGCAAAUAUACUAUUUAUCAAAUCUACUUUUAUUACGUAUCGUAUUUCAGUGGGGAUAUAAUUUAUUACAGCUGACAGUUACGUGAGUAAACAAGGUUUGAACAUCAACCGUAACAAGAUCAAAUUGAAGUUCGCGGCUUUUUAACACUUCUAUGUACAAAUUUGAAGGCUGCUUAUUGGAUAGAUACAGGUAUGCGACUACGCAUUACUUUACGGAGAGCUUACGACCUACUAGUUAAGUCUUGCAUUAAGAACAGGUGGUGCAACCAAAAUAAGCACUGACUUACAAACCAACUAGUAGUUACUAAGCCCGUAGUGUGAACUUCUCAACAUAAGUGAGACCUUACGGACAGCUGGUGCAACCCUACCCUGAAUACUACUCGCUUAAUCUCAGUAAAUGUCUUGUUAUUGGACACUUUCACUCUUGGAUUAAAUGAAUCAUGGCUCAUUGUGAAUAGUGAAUCUCUACAAUGGCAUCUGUAACUGAAAACUAUUGAUUUUGAAUGAUGCUGCAUCCGCACCACUAGGUGUCACUGUAAGUCCAAGAAGACACGGACAAAAAGUUAGCCAAAAACAGAGACAAUAAAUGACUGCCAACUAAAGCCUUAACUUAUGAAAGUGCAUAAAAAUAAAAGUCAAAGAAAAAUUCAAACAUUUUCUAAGACCAUGCCAUGAGAUGUUUUAUAAUAAAUCUACACAAGGAACCAAA